AUGGCAGCCCACGUCCAACCAAAUCAGCCUCCCAGCUUUGUAGCGCCCAUUUCGACACCUGCGUACGGGGAUGGUGGUUGGGCGAGCAUCGUCUUCUCAACUACAAUCGCUGCAUCGCCCGUGGCAUGCUUGGAGAUCAUGCUAGACCCGACGACAUACCCGGUGUGGAAUAAAUGGGUCCCGCGCGUUACGAUCGACCGUGCGGCUUCAACUCCGGUCUCCGGCGUGCUGCCCCCACCGCUCUCGCACAUCGCAGCGAAGCAGGAUCAGCUCCUUCCCGGCACCAGGUUUCAUUUUGGGGUUCAUAUGAGUCCAGAGAGUGCUUCCUUCAACAAGACUGAGCUCGAGGUGACCGUUCUGGAGCAGUUCGACCGUGACGGACGGAAGGGUCUGCGGGUCGUGUGGAAGACGCCAGGCAGUCCGUGGUAUCUACGAGCUGAGCGGGUCCAAGAAUUCCUCGAAAGCGCUGACGGAGGUUGCGAAUAUACUAGCUACGAGACCUUCUUUGGGCCGGUGACCUGGUUGGUGAAGUUACUCGUCGGCAAGCAGCUGCAAGGAGGUCUUACUUUGUGGAAAGAUGGAUUGAAGGCGGAAGCUGAAGCCAGGACACAAAGCGCAACAAAGCUGUAG